AUUUCAAAAGGAUAUGGACACCAGCUGGUCUUUCUGUAACGACAAUGAUGAGACUAUUACAUAUUUAUUUCUCACACUUCUGCCUUUUGAACCGACUUACUUCAUUCGGUAAAGAACUCAUUCUUCCUGAUGUUUCUUUUUGUCUCAAACGCAUAUUUUUUUUCUUUUUUGAAUAACCUCUGUACUUAAUUACAUCUUUCUCUUAGAUAAAUGUCAUAUUCAUACAUGUAAAUACACAUCUGCUAAAACCUUUGACAUGUUUUCAUUGCUGAGGUAAAAAAAUAUAACAAUUCUAUUAAAAAAUCAGCAUAUUUAAAAGCUAUUAAAACCCGUAUGAUGUUUGAACCAGAUGCUCUGGAUAGUUGGUAAACCGCCUGACUCUAUUAUGUGAUUGUUCAGCAUGUCUGAACCCUUAUUUUGUUUUCUCUUUUGUCAUUUACUGCUCUUUUUUGUUGGCCUUCUUGAUCGUUGUCUUCUUUUCUUUGUGGUCAUGUAUGUGUCCUACGUUUUGUUAAUAAAGUUUAAAUAAAAGGACUGGAUUCCUGAGGCUCCGCCUGCUGCGGCGUGUGGCCGCUGCUCAUUUCAUGAACGUUGUUUGCUGAUCAUCACCAGCUCUGUGGAGAAAGUGAGUGUUGGUGUUAGACUGGGGGCGGAGCUGUCAGAGCAGAUUCUUCCUGGGGGCGUGGUUCACAUCAUGCUCACGUUUUCGUGGGUAUGGGAGGGGCUGCAGCAGGUUUUUAGAGGAUUACGGAUCAAAAUGGCGCUUUGGGGUUCUUUAUAGUGAGGCACGAACAGCAAAAUGCACUAAAACCUCAAAAAGUAGAAUUUUCAUGGUAAAGGCCCUUUAAAGUUCGACAGUCACGUGUUCUAACCAGCGGCUCUUACUGUGAAAGGGCGCUCCGGAUGUGCGUGCUUCCGGCCGCGCGGCUUGACUGCAGUGGCAUUGCGGGCGGUGUUUGCAGUCGGCGCUAAGGCGGGUCCGGCUGCGUCCUCCGCUCGGAUCGUUUGUGCUCGAGGCUCGUGCGCGUUCGUCAUGUCCCACACCGGCACCACGAGCACGACGGUGCCGUCCUCCGGGGACGCGCUUCUCAACGCGGGAUACACCUGGACCAUCCCGGGACUGCUGAAGCUGGGACUGCAGCUGGCCCUGCUCAUCACCUUCCUGUGCGUGCACUGCACGUACGGCUGGCCCAGCUGGUACGCCUUCCAGUUCUUCGAGGUGGUGGCGCUGUGGUUCUUCGUGGCGCUCCUCAUCUUCUUCCUCAUGCACCUGUUCCGGCUGCAGGCCCGGAUCCCGUGCAUCAACUGGCCGCUGACGGAGUUCUUCCAUUACUCCGUGGGCACCGUGCUCAUCUUCAUCGCCUCCAUCGUGGCGGCGGUGAAGGCCGGGGGCGUGUCCGCCCUCAUCGUCGCAUCAGUGUUUGGCUUCAUAACCACCUUCCUGAUGGCCGUCAACAUGUGGACGUCCCACAGCGCCGCCUGCAGCCCCCAGGUGGACUAGAGCGAGUGCUGAAUCCGGCUCAGCUUUUCUCUCCGGUAACGAGCCGGACGGCCUGAGAGGAAACCACCCGAGCGUCUCAGCGCGUGGAGGUGAAAGCUGACGGGACGCCGGCGCCGUUAUUCCUGAACAGAACCUCUGAGUGAACGGCGCCGAGUCCAAACUCUCCACCAAACUGCUGAGGUGAAGUCAGUCAGUCACCUGCGGCGUCCUCCUGAAGUUUCUGACCAACUCCGUCUGGUUUUGUCCUCCUUGGUGCCAUGAAUGAGUCUGAGUGCAGCCUCAGUUUCUGUUUACAGAUUUACUUUUGUUUGUCUCACUUUGGGGUUUUGUUUCUACUUUGUACACCAGAAAAAACGUUUUUAAAUGAGCCUUUCUGCUGAAAAUGUAAAAAACCCUUUUAGAUUGCUAUGCUAAUGUGUGCUAGCACAUGCCCUGUACAUAAUGAAUGCUACAUUUAGUUAGCUUUAGCGUUAGCACUCUCACUGCAUAAACGACACAAACAUAGAGGCUUUCACUGUUAGCUUUAGCUAAGACUAGCAUCUGUGUGCUGCUGCUAGCAUUGGCAUGAUGCAGCUAGCAUUGGCGUGCCGUAGCACACGCGUGCUGCUGCUAGCAUUGGCGUGCCGUAGCACACAGAUGCUGGUUGCUGCUAGCAUUUGCGUACUGCAGAACACGAGUUUUUAUUCUCAAUUUUGUUUUUUGGAUAAAGUUUUUUUAAGUUAUUAUUGUUACAAAAUUGGUGUUUUUAGCUGAAUGUCUUCCAUCACAGCUGCAGUUUCUCAUCCAGAUUCAGUCCGUUAGCAGAAAACAAAUCCGCCGCCGGGACGCUUCUGCGUUGAAGUGAAUCUUUGGUGCUUUUAGUUUCUAGUUUUACAUGACGGAGACACCAAAAACAAACAGUCCUAAAACCGAGUGCACAGAUCCACGACUCGACAGAUCAAACGGUGUUCUUGUUUACAGCGACUCUGAAAUGAUCAAAAUAAAUCCGCGUUUUGGAUUUUGCCGAUUUCUGGUUUUUAAAACUUUUUUUCGUAAAGGUUCAUUUUAGAUUUAAUAAUAAAUUCACUGUAAAAUAAAGCCCACCCCCCCAUCAUUGUUGUUUACAAACAACACAUUUGUUGUCUGACAUUUUUAAAAAGUAAAAAUAAACUUUAAAAAAUAAAAGCACAGACUAAUUAGUGGUGGAAAUAGGAUAAAAUCAGAGAGACUACAGCAAAUUAUUCAGAUUUUUUAUACAUUAGUCUCUUAAAACCAUCGACAGUUUCAGAGAACUGGACUGAGUGAGGGAUUCUGCAGGUACUUCCUGUUUGGAAUGUCGGGGGGGCGGAGCCACUCUGUCCAGAUGUCAUGUACAGUCGAUGGUUAAAGCACAAGAUCUGCUUCAGAGACACAACGACUGUUUAAUAAUGUAAACUCUGGGCUUUCCUUUGUGAUGAAAACAUUCGUUGGUCCAAAGUCAUUCGACAGUUUUACUGUUUCUUUCUUCAGUCAGAAACUAUUUCAAAUGACAAAUGAUUUCAGAAAUAAAAGUAAAACGACCAAAUCAUGACGGCCAA